AUGGUCCUCACAGUGCACCACCUCGGCCACUCGCAAUCCGACCGCAUAGUCUGGCUCUGCGAAGAACUCGGCAUCCCCUACGAGCUGAAGAAAUACGACCGCAGCCCGCUCCUGUCGCCCCCAAAAUACAUCGCGCUGCACCCCAUCGGCGCCGCGCCCGUCAUCACCGACUCCGACGCCGACCUGACGCUCGCCGAAUCCGCGGCCUGCGCGGACUACAUCAUCCACAUUUUCGGCGGCGGCAGGUUGGCUGUGAAGCCGGGCGCGAAGAACUACGCUGACUACCUGUACUGGUUUGCUUUUGCGAACGGCACGCUGCAGCCUGCUAUUGGGCGGUGCAUGGCGCUGCGGUUCGCGGGGAUCAGCGAGGAGAAUAAUACGUACGUGCGGUACCAGAAUAAGGUGGAUCAGAGUUUGAAGUUGCUGGAUCAGCGGUUGGGGAAGUCGACGUGGUUGGCGGGCGAGGAGUUCACUGCCGCGGAUGUGAUGACGGUGUGGAGCUUGACGGGCAUGCGCGAGUUUUACCAGUUUGAUAUUAGCGAGUAUGCGAAUGUGCUCGCGUAUUUGCAGCGGGUGAAUGGGCGGGAGGCGUGGUUGAGGGCGAGGGAGAAGGGCGAUCCCGAUGUGGAUACGGAGAGUUUGCUGCAGGGGCCGUCGCCGCUGCUGUUCAAGGCUUUGAGGAAGUGA